AUGCAUCAAACUUCCUGUAUCAUUUUUCUUUUUCUUGCUGCUCUUCCCAUCGCUUCGGCUUGGGACCACUUCCAAUUCGAUGUCACCCUCUUCUGCAAUUACCAUGAUCGAACCAAAUACAAUUUGAAAAUCGAGUGGUGGGAGUAUGACUCCGUACUCUCUGGUGAGGAUCAGAUCACCCAACCGAAAGUGUUCAAACCCAACACUGGUAGAUACAGCUUCACGAUGGCCGGAGCCAUGGAUGGAGAUGAAUGGCUAUCGAAGGGAUACAAGCCAAGAGCCUACAUCAGUCACGACUGCACCGCGGACCAAAAACGAAUUGAUUUGGAUCUUACUGUAGUCAAAUUGUGCAAACCGCCGAACACAUGCCACUACCGGAUCAUUCAAGACAUCACCAAUCGUUCGGGAUCUGAGGAAAUCGAGCACAGUGGAUUCUAG